AUGCCUCUCUUUCACCACAGAAACAAGUCUUCUACGCCGGAUCCGGCUCCUAAGCAUUCUGCCUCGUCUACAACAAGCCCUGUAUCACCGAGCGCCUCUGAAGGAGUCGGUUUGCUCGACAAAUUGAGGGUUCGAAGCCAUAGCAGGGAACGGGACAAUGGUGGAGGACGUGGCGCUGCCGAACAAGCCGAUGCUGGCGGUCUUACCAAGACUGACAGCGCGUCUAAGGAUGGAAGACCAGCAGCAACUUCUUCCACUGCUACCACAGACCACUCCACAGCGCAAUCCCGACCUCAGUCGCACGCUAGAUCCGAUUCGAAGAAUCGGUCUAGCAAAGGGUCGACAUCAUCGGCAUCUGAGACGCGUCAAGAGGACCAUCGUGCCGGCUACGGCGUGAAAGGAACGGAAGCCCACGAUGCGCUGUCCAAAGAGGAUGUCAGAGCACUGUUUUCUGGGGCGCCACACUUCACGAUUGAGCCAGGACACAGAGGUCGCUCGUUUCCCCAGGCAUUCUACCCAUUCGCUCUCGAUCUCGACCUGACUGAUCUCCACGAUCAUGUCAGCCUCACACACGAAUCUUUUGCGUUAGCAACGCUCCACUCUCAUUUGCCUGUUCCGGUGUCACAUCUCGCAAAGCAACGAUUGUCACCGGUGAGCUCGGCAACAGACAGCAAUCUGGACACACCAGUGAACCGCGAUGUGUACUCGCCAACUUCAUUGGCGCCACACUCGUCGUCCGCGACCUACUUCCAAGCCCAUCCGACUCAGGAUCCAGUAGCACUUGAAGUGGCAUCACCAUCGGUGGCAUUAGACGAAACAGAUUUGACUUUCGGCAACAAAUUCAGGCCUAUGUUCGACUUGGGCAUCUACGAACGUCCAAAUAUGUUGUCACUCCAUGGCAUCGAGCCAGGAACGUUUGGUCUGCAUGCUUUCCUAGAGCGAGGCGUCGCGGACGGUCUGACGCGUACGGCAGCUACUAGUGAUUCGAUAUCAGACCACAUGACUUCUUUUGCCGCCGCCGGAAUGAGUGCGUACACUGCAGCCGAGGCUCAGUAUGAGGAUGAGAAGAAACCAACCAACGUGUUUGAGUACAAGUCAACUACCGAGGCUCUCAGAGCACUCAGUGUGGAGAAUGCCAGAAUCGGUAAGCAUGCGAAACCGUAUGAUCGUGUUGGCCUGCUCCGUGAGGGCCCUCAUGCGUGGACGAAGAUCGGCGUUCGACCCAUCGGUAUGCGCACAAUAACGGAGCGUCUCCAGAAGGCCAGCGAACUGCGCGAGGAAGUGGUCAAAAAGGGCCCGAGAUUCACUGCUCUGCAGGCGGAGGGAUGGGGCGAGAAGGAGAUGGGCAGAUCCUUGUUCGAGGAUCUCAUCUUUGAUCAGCCAGAGUCCCAUCCUUCCGACAACACCGCAUCGUACGACAAAGGUCACUCUCUGAAACACCAGAUUGAGGUGCUGGUCAAAAUCCUAACUACGCCUGGAGCCUGGCUCGACUUCAGCCUCCCACGUGAGCGCCUGCUCUUCGCUAUGGGGCUGCGUACGCGAGAGGUGAAAGAGGAGACCGACGAGAACGGCGUGAAGACUUCUUCCAAACAGUGGCUGACCCUCGUACAAUUGCUCCUGGCGGUGGAGUUGACGAUCCGCCUCGACGCAGCCUUGAGGCGAGGUGUGGCGAUGCACAGCGAGGAGAUCGCAGUGUCUGCCAUGGAGAUUCAUCGCUUCAACAAGUUGCGGAAUCUCAAAGUUGACUGGGAUUUGGCCAUCGCAAAAAGGUUUCAGCGACUGUGUUAUGCGAAGCCGGUGAUGAGCUCCGGCUUCUGUUUCGCACACAGUACUGAGCGCGGAAAGCGGCCGACGGUGGGGACGAAAGCAUCCUCAUUCAGACUCUUCGGCAAGUUCAAAGGCCAGGACACGAAAGCGGAGGAGGAAUGGAAGUACGACCUCGCUGUUCUCCCACGGAAGCCUGCAAUCAUGAUCGAUGGACUAGUUCGGUUCGCGGAAGAUAUUGGCUGGGAUCCAGCCUCGAUUGAACAUAUCCAGACAGAUCUCGAGCGGAAACUAUGCAACGUCAGCAAAGAAGCGCGAGAAACGAUCCUAGCUCAUGGCGUCGAACCGAUCGCACACCCGCAUCUUGCGCGGCACACUAGGGAUCAAAGCAGGCUCGAAGUUAGAGCUGUCGGUCCAGACACGUUGGGCGGUCCUCUCAGUCAUGCAUGGCUGGGCGGACUGGUCAUCCCCGGCUACAGUAGCUGCGAUAUCUUGAUAUGUGCUCUACUGGAGAACGACACACAGCAGCGCGCUGUGGAACGUUUGGGCAAUAUUGCCUACCCACGCGCUGGUUUUGUCUUGGGCGCGAAAAGCUGGUGGUCGAAAAUCUGUAUCGUUCCUUGUGUACUCGCGCCUGCUCUCGGGUCGAAAGAGCGAAUGGGCUGGAUUGGGCUCCCGGAAGUCCUGGCCCCGGUCAACGCUGAGACUGGGCAAAGGAUGACUGAUGGCUGGUAUCUCGUUGCAAGCAAAUGGGGCAGUAGGACGAUGAAGAAGGAUGUAGGUCGAAUUCACGACGUUGAUGACGUGGCCAGGCAGAGUAGUACCCUGGGCGUGGGCAAAGGACAUGUCCUAGGCAGAGAGUUCAAUAUGGUCACAGACCGCGAUCUUGACAAGUCCACGGCUGGCAGAGUCCCGGACGUGAUUAAUUUGAAUCUGGUGCUGCAAGAGAAGGAGUCUGAUGUCCAGGAGAAUGCAGAGGGAAAGUCGCUCCACCAGGCGAGCGUGAUCGCGGAUGUCAAGGAAGGAUCAAGUGCAGCGGAAGGCACGGCCGUGACAGUGCACCUUCCUUUGAAAUGGACGAUAAGAUUCGUCGCACAGCAUCCUUGCAGGCCUCCACACGGCCACGUCAAAGCACCCAUUGGAGCGACCUUACAGAGCGACUCACCCACGACCCUGAAGCACAAACACGCGGAACACCUACCAGCACACAUUCUGCAUAACUCCUUCAAGUACGCCCUCAAGUGUAUCUCCGACGUUCUCGACAUCUCUGGAGACGAUGAGACGCUGCUCCCAGACCCAACGAGUAAGGACGACUGUGAAGUAUGGGUGGUGGAUGCGCGCGGAGGAUGGGAGAAGGAAGUACUGGUCAGAGCGUGGUGUGCGUAUGUUGGGCUGCAUGCGAUCAUUAGCAGGGUUGGGAGGGGCUGUAUCGGUUGCGCGGUCAGGGAGGCGAGGGCUCUCGAGGUUUCUGUUGUUAUUAGGGUGACGAGGUAG